UUCUUUCCUGAAGUUCUAGAAAACUGUGAAAGUGCCGUUAGCAUAAACAAAUCCAGAACUCUCCCAGGACAAAACAUCUGCCAACUGAAGGAAAGGCCUGGGUUUAUGGUCUCACUCGGAUCCAGAGGUGAAAGCUCUCCGGAGGGGCCAGCCGGACCAGUCAUCGUCAGCGGAUGUCACUGCAGCAAAUGAAGGUUAUCUGAAGAUGCUAUUUGCCUAUUACCUUUGAGAAUAAUCACGACUAAAAAGAGAGGUGUUGGCUGUGAGGCCUCUGGUGUAGGUGGCCUCUCUUUCCACUCUUCACUAAGCAACUUUCUUGGCAAUAUCCACAAGCAUCUUGGUGAAUAGACAUAGAUGCUAUAAGCCUUGGAGCCAACACAGCUAAAGCGUUCAGCACAUGCUUCCCCUUGAGACCUCUCCCCUUCCUUGUAGGAUGGACGAGGAGUUGACAGAUGAGCUGCUCUUCAAAGACCAUGACUUCUCCUCUGACUUAUUGAGGCAGCUCAAUGGCUUAAGGCAAAACAGGAUGCUGACUGAUGUGAGCAUCUGUACUGGGACCUGGGAGGUCCCCUGCCACCGAAGUGUGCUGGCCUCCAGCAGCCCUUACUUUAGGGCCAUGUUCUGCAGCAACUUCCGGGAGAGAAGCGAGGCCAAAAUCCAGCUGAGGGGCAUCGACCCCCCGACUCUGGACCAAAUCAUCUCAUAUGUGUAUACUGGGGAGGUUCACAUCACAGCCGAGAACGUCCUGCCCUUGAUGGAGGCAGCUUCCAUGCUACAGUAUCCCAAACUUCUGGAGGCCUGCUCCUCUUACCUCCAGAGCCAGCUGACCCCCAGCAACUGCCUGGGCAUGAUCAGACUGUCUGAAAUCUUAAGUUGUGAGAGCCUCAAGAAGAAAGCGAAGAAGGUGGCCCUGACGUGUUUUCCAGAGGUGGCUGCAUCGGCCGACCUGAAGGAGCUCUGCGCCUUGGAAUUAAGAGACUAUCUGGGGGACGACGGGCUCUGUGCGGAGGAGGAAAAGGUGUUUGAGGCCCUCAUGGUUUGGAUCAAGCAUGACCUCCAGGCCCGGAAACGACACAUGCAGGAGCUGUUCAAGCAGGUCAGGCUUCAGUACAUCCACCCGGCCUUCUUCCACCAUUUCAUCGCCAACGAUGCCCUCCUUCAGUCCUCGCCCUCAUGCCAGACCAUCCUGGAGACAGCCAAGAGGCAGAUGUUUGCUUUGCACAGUGCCACCAGUGCCCCAGACCUCCAGCCUUCAUGGCAUGUCCCCCCAAGAACCUCUUACCAAGAUUUCCUCAUCCUCUUGGGUGGAAGGAAGGACAGCCAGCAGACCACCAGGGAUGUUCUGCUCUACAACAGACAGACUGGCCAGUGGCACAGCCUCGCCAAACUCCCAACCCGGCUGUACAAGGCCUCAGCCGUCACCUUGCACCGUGGCAUCUAUGUGCUGGGAGGCAUGGCCAUCGGCGCGGGGAAGAACACACCCAGCCACAAUGUCUAUAUCUACUCCCUGAAGCUCAAUCAGUGGAGGCUGGGACAGCCCAUGCUGGUCUCCCGCUACUCACAUAGAAGCACUGCCCAUAAGAACUUCAUCUUCUCCAUUGGAGGGAUUGGAGAUGGGCAGGAGGUCAUGGGCUCCAUGGAGAGAUACAACAGCAUCUUGAACAUCUGGGAGAGUAUGGCCAGCAUGCCCGUGGGGGUUCUCCACCCUGCAGUCGCUGUGAAAGACCAAAGGCUCUAUCUUUUUGGGGGAGAGGACAUCAUGCAGAAUCCUGUACGCCUUAUCCAGGUUUAUCACAUUUCCAGAAACACAUGGUUCAAAAUGGAGACAAGGAUGAUCAAGAAUGUGUGCGCCCCUGCAGUGGUGCUGGGGGAGCGGAUUGUCAUCGUGGGAGGUUACACGAGGAGGAUUCUUGCUUAUGACCCUCAAUCCAACAAAUUUGUCAAGUGUGCGGACAUGAAAGACCGGAGGAUGCACCAUGGGGCCACAGUGAUGGGGAACAAGCUCUAUGUAACGGGUGGGCGGCGGUUGACCACAGACUGCAACAUUGAGGACUUGGCCUCCUUUGACUGCUACGACCCUGAGACGGACACCUGGACAUCCCAGGGACAGCUUCCUCACAAACUCUUUGAUCACGCCUGCCUCACUCUCCAGUGCAUACCCUACACUCCCGCCUUCUCAUGAAGUCGGCAAGAAACCACUGGUCUUGGUCAAGAUGCUUUCUGUUGCAAGGGACAGAAACGCAACUCCCAGGAGCUUAAACCUAAAAGGAGGCCAGAAGUGCCCAUAGGUCUGAAAUUUCCAGAACCUGGAGGCCUGGAACCAGGCAUAUUGUUGGCCAGAACUCUCUGUCUCUCUCUGUCUCUCCACACCUCAACCCUGUCUCCCUCGCUUUCUCUCUCUCCCUUUCUUUCUCCUCACUUUCCCUCCUUCUCUACCUCAUCUCUACUAGACUUCAUUCUACAAACAAGCUUCUUGAUCCACAAAGUAUGAAGACAACGGCAACUGAUAAACUCAGACUCAUGUUUUCUAACUUCGCAUCUUCAAGAGAGAACUCUACCAUUAUCCAUAUAUCAACCCUGAAAGUACUCCUAGUUGGCCAUUUUUUAAUUCCAUGCCUUCCUCUUGAGCCAAUCACUGUUUCCAGGGCUUGUGCUACUGUGUAAUCCCAGAUCAUGUCCCUACAGGCUGAGGUCAUGUUAACUGUUAUCAUUGACAGUUCAUACACUGCACAUGAUGAGAUAGAGGCAGUUUCCCCAAAGGAAAACCACAUCUGCCAAGGCCAUCAUGGAAAUCCAGAACAAAAUGGCUGAGAGACCCGAAAGAGUCCCUAGAAUCACGUGAUCCAGGUGGCAGUGUGAGACAUUGGCUAUGGCCCUGUUUCUUUGCAUUCUAUGGAUGUAGUACAUUGGGAUUCCAGGAAAAUAUGUGCAAUUCAGUUUCAAGGGUUUGCAAAAUUAUCUAUGCUGCCAGAAUAAAGUUUGUUUUUAGUGCCAAAGGAUGUUUUUCUCCAGCCUCUAGGGAGCUAUAAACCUGCAGAAUUAAUCAGGAUUUUCAUUUUGGUAAAUGUUAUGAGAAUUGCUCUUCCGAGGCAAGCCAACAAAUUCCUUCACAGAUUCCAGCAAUUAAUUGCCCUCUUCAUGCCAGGGCUGAAUAUCCCCUCACCCUCUUUAUCUCAAAGUUCGUCACAAGCUGGCUCAGUUCCAAGCUCAAGAAUAGACUGAAGAUCACCUGGGAAGGUGUUUGAAAAUAGGACUGGGCCCCAUUGAAGAGGGACAGCAGGGAUUCUCAGAGGUGGAGUCUGGUCAUUGUAAUGUGCAGUCAGGAUUAAGAUCCACCAUCCUGGGGCAUUUGGGUGGCUUAGUCCAGGAAGUGACCAACUCUUGAUUUUGGCUCAUG